CUCGAUCAGCUGUUUUAUUUGCUAGCUUAGAACAUAUAUAUUUAACUAUAUUUUUAGCAAGGCUUAAAUAUGAAGCGCUUUAAUUUAAUAGUGGCAUUUUGUGAAAAUUUCGGAAUCGGCAUCAAAGGCGAUCUUCCCUGGCACAUUAAAUCAGAACUGAAGUACUUUAGCCGCACCACCAAGCGUACAAGUGAUCCAGCCAAACACAAUGCGGUUGUGAUGGGCAGAAAAACCUUCUUUGGAAUCCCGGAAAGCAAGAGACCCCUUCCCGAUCGCCUGAACAUAGUGCUAAGCACCACACUCCAACAGGAGAAACUGCCUGAAGGAGUUCUCUUGUGUUCUAGUCUCGAGGAAGCUAUGAAGGUAAUUGAGGAUAAAAACGAUGUGGAAAACGUUUGGAUCGUGGGCGGCAGUGGUGUUUAUAAGGAAGCGAUGGCCUCAACAAGAUGCCAUCGCCUUUACGUUACCAAAAUUCACCAGCAGUUCGAGUGCGAUACAUUUUUUCCCGAAAUCCCAAACAGUUUCAGAGAGGUGGCUCCCACCUCCGAUGUACCACUAGGUGUGCAAGAGGAAAAUGGCAUCAAAUUUGAGUACAAGAUCUUGGAAAAACAGUCAGAAUAAAGUAAUCAUAUAAUUUA